GCAUGCUCACCACACCUCACUCCCCAGGAGCCAGGGGGCAGGUAUUGGGUUAAUUGAGUGACAGGACUUUAUAUCAAAGGGAAGCUGAUCCCCAACUGCUUUUUUUUUUUUUGAGCGUGCAAAAAAUGUUUCUCUGGAGAGCUUGAAGGUACAUCAGCGCUGUCAAAAAAAGACCAGACAGGAUUCCACAGCAGAGUUAAAACAUCUUUAAAGAGCCACUUCACAAAACACACAGAGUGAAAGAGAGAGAGAUGAGCACUGUCCUUGAUUAACGCUACAAAGCUGUAAGACUUGCUUGUGCCACUAAAAAAACAAAACCAAAAAAAAAACUGCGAACUGUGUCAACAACUGCUCGUUCUUCUCAACCAGAACUCAUCUUACAGGAAGUUCCCAUACGAGUUUUAAAUCUCAAGGAAGCGCCUGCAAAAUAUGGAUUGAUCCGUGGAUUAAUAUAACGUGUGGAUUUUAAGAACAGCUGUCCGGUUUUCUUCUUUGAAAUAUAUAAAGGCUAAUAGAGAGAGAGAGGCGUUUCAUUAAUCUUUCGAUUUAUUUUCGCAGCUUGUCCUACAUCUGUUUUUUUUAAAAUUGUAUUUGUAUUAUUAUUGUUAUUUAUUGUAGACCAUGUUGCAACACACAAGUAAGAAAUGUUUUACCAUUGAGUCCCUGGUUGGCAAAGAAACGAAUUCAUCGGCAGUGGACGAGCCAGUGAGACCUACGGCUUUAAGGUUCACCGAGUCAGUCCACCCUCCUCCCUUUGGGAGCUGCUUCCAGAGCACCGGCAGGACCCUGUACAGCAGCCCGGACCUGAUGUUCCCAGAGCCGUGUUCUCACUCCGCGAACCCCGCUCUCUCCCUGCACCCGCUCCAGUUGUCUUCUCAGCCGUUCUUUAACCCACACCAAAGGGAGGCUUUGAAUUACUAUCCAUGGGUCCUCCGAAACAGAUACUUAGGACACCGAUUCCAAGGUGAGGACAGCAGCCCUGACAGCCUGCUCCUGCAUGGCCCGUUCUCCCGCAAGCCCAAGCGCAUUCGCACCGCCUUCUCCCCCUCGCAGCUGCUGCGGCUGGAGCGCGCCUUCGACAAGAACCACUAUGUGGUGGGAGCCGAGAGGAAGCAGCUGGCCAACGGGCUGUGCCUCACAGAAACUCAGGUAAAAGUCUGGUUCCAGAACAGAAGGACGAAACACAAGAGACAGAAGCUGGAAGAAGAAUCUCCCGAAUCCCAGCAGAAGUGCAAGGGCAGCCAGCAUGUGAGCCGCUGGAGGGUGGCGACGCAGCAGGGCAGCCCCGAGGAUAUCGACAUCCUAUCAGAGGACUGAAGAACACACCAGCCCUGCGCACACUGAACCAGAAAAACACAUCACAGCCAGCAGCCUUGUGCAGCUGCUCAGACCCUUUAUUACAAAAUGAAUGUGCUACGCGACAUGUGGGGCUUUGGAGAGCACCACACAAGACAAGACUGAAUAUCAAAUUGUGCAAAUACACCACCUACCAAACCGUUUAAAAAGUCUUGCAGGAUUAAAGAAGAAAAGCUAUCCACUUGCAUCUUAACUACAGUGAAGAGGGAGGGUGGAGAGGGUUAAUAGCAGAAUAGCAAUUCAAAUGUACUCAGAAAUCUAUUUCAUAAAAAGGACUGCAAUUCAGACAUGAUCAGUGAAGCCUGAAACAUCUGAAAACGUUGUAUGAAAAAGGAAAUCAUUAUGAAACAAAUGGUCUAUGCAAAUCUGGGUGCAUAUAAAGCACUAAGAGCCAGGUGAUCCCGGGUUCAAAUCCCAGCAGAGUCUCACAGUCUAGGCAGAAGCAACUCACAAGAAACAACAGUCACACCACAUGUCAGCUAUUCCUGGCAAAUGAAAAACAAAAAAACCUUGAAGCCUGCAGUAAUUGUAGGCCACAUUCUCCAAUCCCUGUUGGUUUAAACAGACCCCAUUAAUAUUUGAGCUGGAUUUUAUUUCUGUUUGCAGCAGUGUCAAGAGUGCUUGUAUGUUUCCAACAAGGUGAACAUCUGAAUGCAGUAAACCCUGCAGGAAGCAAGCUGGUAGGCAGACUAAUGUCUCCAGUUGUUUCCUCCUCGUUUUACAACCCUUCAGGUGUAUGGAAUCAUUUGCACUUAGAGUUGCUCUACCGUUGCAAUGCAAUGCCAAUGAUGGUAAUCUGCAGUUACUGCAACGCAAUUGCAAUUGAAAUCCAUUCCAGUGCCAGCUUUGCACUGGUGUGGGCACAACAAAAAAAAACAAACGGGUUCCGAAGUUCUUUCUCCUCCUUAUACUUUAAACAUGGAGAAUUCUAGGAUCGGAGCAAAACCCAGGUUUUGAGGGAAAACAGAAAUAAUUCCUCAGAACCUUUAUGCCUGGUCAAUGGUUCUCAUGUUCCCGAGACCUGAUUGACCUUAUUUGGGGUUUGAAUCGAAAUUGAGGGAGUAAGGCGAGAGACUGUAAACUAAACUGCCUAUAGGGUUCCUGCAAAACCAUUCCCAAUGAAACACAUUGCAUCAGUCAGAGAUGAGCCUCCAUGUUUGAAUAAAACACAAGGUUCAUUUUUGCCAAUGUCGCUAUGCCAACUCUAUUUUGUUCAGUCGGAUUCGUUUUUAUUCUAUACAGAGUGCAAAAGGAAGCUUUGAUCUGUGACUGUUUGAUCUGUGCUCACAUCUCCGUUAUUAAUUAGUUACCUGUACAAAGUCUUGAGGUGCAAACCAUUACAGGGCGUCAGUGGGGUUCUGUCAUUUCGGGGUUUCCCGGCAGUAAAUAUAGUUUAACAUCUGAAAUACAAGAAAAACAUUGACGUACACAGCAUUACCAAUGAGCGUGCAGUAAAGGGGGCUAAAACCGCAAAAGUAAUCAAGUGGAAAAAAAACAACUUUUUUUGCAACUUCAGGUGUGUCCAGCUAGGCUUUGAUUGGAUUUUAAGGAUCAUUGUCGCUCUGGGAGAAUAUCACAGUGAUUGCAGUUCAGACAGUUCAUGCCGUGGGGACAUCGAAAGUUUUGGAAAAACAAACAAAAAAAUGUAAAUAAAUGAUGACUGAUUUUGGGGGCAUUAGGUUUUUUUUGUUUUGUUUUAUUUGUUUUUAAGAAUUGUUUCCUAUGAUUCACGAACUUAAAAGCGACGAGAAAAAAAACUAACAUUUUUGUCAGGAUUUCCUGUAUGCUGCAAUAAAAGGAAUUUUAAAAACAGUCAUUUUGAAGAAAAAAAACGAUAUUGCACAGAAUCGUUCUGUGAUGGUCAGAAUUUGCACUGGGACUUUAAGCACUAAUAAUAAUAACGCAAUCUUAAUUAACACAAUCUGAAUUUGUUUCUCUGUGGAAUCUUGACGUCUUCAAAUACAGACUGCUUGUGUGUGUGUUUGUUUUAAAUUAUUGAAGCUAUAUCUUAGUAUGUCCAAGUAUGACGUCUGCAUUAUAAUAAACACGCCUAUUGCAGUUUACUGACUACAGCAAUAUAUGGACACUUGUAAUUUACUUUUUUUUCUUUUUGGUUUUUUUUGUAAAUUAAUUUCAGUUUUCCGUUAUUCUUUAAACGUUGAAGUCUAGAAGGAUACUGACAUAAUUUCACCAUGAAAUUCUCGUUAUCGCGUAUCUAAAUCCCUGUUAGGUCUACUCAAACAGGGUUCAUCUGUGCACAGCAGCGUCUCGUUCAUUCUCUUUCUCUGAAUGAAUCCCUUGUUUUUCACUUUUAAGGACCAUUGCAAUAUAUAUAUAUAU